AUGGAAGAGUGGAUCAAAAUUUAUUGCGAGAUUGUACAUCAGCUGCAAUUAUUGUUGAUGCUAAUGCUAAAUAAACUUAUUUUUUUCAUAGAUUAUGUUACAACUGGAUUGGGAUGUGUUUCCUAAACUAUUUGUGAUUUAACUGUUAAGUAAUAAAGUUGUGAAGGAACCAUCAGUUGUUUUUGGUAACCUAUAAGUACUAGCAACAAAUAUUGCUCGGAUUGUAAAAAAAAAGGUAUUUGUUUAGCUAACUAAGCAUGAGUAGACAAAUUUGAUAACUAAGGAAAUCCUCUUUAUGUAUAAUACAUUUAUAAGAAUCUAUUAUGCCAAUAAAGUGGUUGGUUGAAUGGCAAUUGCAAGAAUUUGGAUUUUUCAAAUCUAACUCGAACUUUUUAUAACAACGAUGCUAAUUGUACAAGUGAAUUAUCAUAAUGUAUAAGUAAUAGAGUUGAUGAAUGCAUAAGUAAAUAUGAUUGUAGUAUCUUUCAUUCUAAUAAAGCUUUAUCAAAAAUGCUCAUAACACUUUAUCUAUCAUAAUUGAUUCAUAUUAUUCAAAGGAAUACUUACAGGUAUAUCUCUUGUUGGAUGGAUGGUUCUCUCAACCUUGCUUUUUAACAUGGCCAGUUUAAAAUAGGAUAAUGA